AUGUUUACAGUUAAUGUUGAAGUAUGUAUGUCUUUGCAGCCUUUAAAAAUGCACUGCAAGAGUUGUGCAUUGGUAACCAGCUCUGGACACCUUCUGGGAAGUAAGCAAGGUGACAGAAUCGACGAGACAGAGUGCGUAAUACGAAUGAAUGAUGCACCUACUCGAGGUUAUGGAAAAGAUGUUGGAAACAAAACGAGCCUUCGAGUCAUUGCACAUUCCAGUAUUCAGAGGAUUUUGAGAAAUCGCAAUGAACUCUUAAAUAUGAGCCAUGGUGCUGUGUUUAUCUUCUGGGGUCCCAGCAGCUACAUGAGGAGGGAUGGCAAAGGCUUGGUGUAUAAUAACCUGCAGCUGAUGAAUCAGAUACUGCCUCAAUUAAAAGCAUAUAUGAUUUCUCGCCACAAGAUGCUUCAAUUUGAUGACCUUUUUAAACGGGAAACUGGGAAAGACAGGAAGAUAUCCAACACUUGGCUUAGCACGGGCUGGUUCACAAUGACUAUCGCAUUAGAGCUCUGUGACAGGAUAAAUGUUUAUGGCAUGGUGCCACCGGAUUUCUGCAGGGAUCCUAAUCAUCUUUCAGUACCUUAUCAUUAUUAUGAACCUUUGGGACCUGAUGAAUGCACAAUGUACAUUUCACAUGAGCGGGGACGAAAGGGCAGUCAUCAUCGUUUCAUCACAGAGAAACGAGUGUUUGAGAACUGGGCACGGACAUUCAAUAUUCACUUUUUUCAACCAGACUGGAAACCAGAACCACUCACUGUAAAUCACCCUGAGAUUAAACCAGUGGUCUGAGGGAUGAAUGCAUAAAACUGCCAUCACAGUCACCCACUGUGUCAAGCCUUCGAGGUGUUGGACCUUCUGGGAUCGCAAGGCAACCAAGAGGCAAAGGGUAACAGGAUCUGCAGCUGAUAACUGCAACAACAGUCUGGAAGUUACGAUGAAGGAGCAGAGUGUAUCAAGAGUACUUUCUGUGGAAAUGUGUAUGAACCCAGUAUAUAGCCUUUUUGGCCAUCUGACUUCCUGUAUGUGUAUGUGAUUUGUGAAAAACAACUUAUCAUUAAUGGGAUGGGUAAUUCAUUAUGGGUUUUUAAAGUACAAUGCCACUGAAUUUUCAUAGUGAAAACUUACGGUAUUUAUUUAAAGGAGGUUUUUAUGCAACCUAGGCCAAUAUUUUUCUAAUUCACAGUUAGGUAGUUGUUUAUCUUUCAUAAUCUUUCAAAUCCAAAAUUAAUAUUCCUGAUGAUUUGAAAGGCCUAGCAUUUUAUUUAUAAAAUUUGUUUGAAAAAUAUGAUUCUAUAUAGCAUGUAAUUAAUAUUUGAUCUGGAAAUGUUGCAUUUCUUUUAAAAAUUUUGGGCUCUGUUCCAGCCUAAAGCCUUUAAGAGCAAGAAUGGUCCCAUGUGCAGAUCUAGCUAACUUAACAUUCUGACAUUUCAUGU